AGAUUAUCAAAAACUCAGAACAUAAAUCAAAAUCAGAGCCUAAACCCCCUAGAGAUCUACCAAUUACGCAGAGACAACACAAAGAUGAGAAAUCGCUCACUUGAAAUCGCUCCUUAAAGCAAUCUUUGUCUGUUUUUUGAGGCUUGCUUGCAUUGUUAUCACUCAGUGAUUUCACUUCAACUUUCUGCUCAGAUGGCAUUCCACUACUGGACAGCCCUGUUUCUAUUGUUGUCAUGCCUUUUCAGUAUUUCAAAUGCUAGUGCUGGCGAUGCCGAUCCAGAUUACAGGACAUGCAUUUCAGAAUGUGAGAUAAGCGGUUGUGUUGGACAACUUUGCUUUCCUCAGUGCAAUUCUUCAUCCGAUGGUGGUCCAUGGUACAUACAAGAACCUCUGUAUUUACAAUGGAAAAAAUGGGGUUGUCAAGGUGAUUGCCGUUAUCAAUGUAUGGUUAAUAGAGAGAGAGAACGGGAAACUCUUGGUCAAGCCCCGGUCAAGUACCAUGGUAAAUGGCCCUUCAAGCGUGUACUUGGGAUUCAUGAGCCUGCUUCUGUUGCGUUCUCUGUGCUCAACCUAGCAAUGCAUUUCCAUGGUUGGCUUUCCUUUUUCAUCACGCUCUACUAUAAAUUGCCUCUGAAACAAGAUAAUGCUGUUUUCCACAGCCGGGAUGUUGACCUCACAGAGAGGUUGGACUACUCAUCUGCAGUAGCCGUUCUCGGAUUCUCACUCAUCUUAGCCAUUUUACGAACCUUUGAUAUUCGGGUCGAGGCUACAAGGGUUAUGGUAUCGGCUCCAAUACUAGCUUUUGUAACCACCCACAUACUCUACAUAAACUUCUACAAACUCGACUAUGGUUGGAACAUGAUUGUGUGUGUGGCAAUGGGAGUCACUCAGCUUUUUCUAUGGGCAAGAUGGGCUGCUGUCUCGAGCCAUCCUUCUAACUGGAAACUUUGGGUGGUUGUGAUAGCUGGAGGAUUAGCCAUGCUUCUAGAGAUAUAUGAUUUUCCUCCAUAUGAAGGCUACUUCGAUGCUCACUCGAUCUGGCACGCUGCCACAAUUCCCUUAACCAUUCUCUGGUGGAGCUUCAUUAGAGACGAUGCUGAGUUCAGAACUUCCAGCCUCCUCAAGAAAACUAAGACGAAGGCAAAACUAGCCUGUGCUCUAGUUUCGGAGAUGAAGUACGUAUUGGUGACUGGAGGAGUGGUGAGUGGGCUUGGCAAAGGCGUUACCGCCAGUAGUAUCGGCGUCGUGCUUAAAGCUUGUGGCCUUCGAGUUACCUCCAUUAAAAUUGAUCCAUAUUUGAACACUGAUGCUGGUACUAUGUCCCCUUUUGAGCAUGGAGAGGUUUUUGUACUCGAUGAUGGUGGAGAGGUUGAUCUUGAUUUGGGGAACUAUGAAAGAUUUCUCGAUGUGACACUAACCAAAGACAACAACAUAACCACUGGGAAGAUAUAUCAGUCUGUUCUUGAGAAGGAACGGAAAGGCGACUAUCUUGGGAAGACUGUUCAGGUUGUUCCACACAUUACUGAUGCAAUCAAGGAUUGGAUUGAGUCAGUUUCUCUGAUUCCUGUGGAUGGAAUGGAAGGCCAAGCUGAUGUUUGUGUUAUUGAGUUGGGCGGGACUGUUGGUGACAUCGAAUCAAUGCCUUUUAUCGAGGCCUUGAGACAAUUGUCAUUCUCAGUUGGACCGGAAAAUUUCUGCCUGAUUCACGUGAGCUUGAUUCCCGUUCUGGGUGUUGUUGGGGAGCAGAAAACAAAGCCAACCCAACACAGUGUCCGAGAACUAAGAGCUUUGGGAUUGACUCCUCACUUUUUGGCAUGUCGCUCUGCUCAGCCACUACUGGAAAGUACCAAGGCAAAAUUGUCUCAGUUUUGUCAUGUGUCGGCAGCUAAUAUUCUCAAUAUCCAUGAUGUUCCAAACAUUUGGCAUGUUCCUCUCCUACUCCGUAAUCAAAACGCUCAUCACUCGAUUCUCAAACAACUGAAUCUAACUAGCGUUGCAACAGCACCUGAUCUGGAUAGCUGGACUAGGAUGGCUGAGACUUUUGAUAACUUGACAAAUCAUGUAAAAAUUGCUAUGGUUGGAAAGUACAUUGGUCUAACCGAUUCUUAUCUAUCGGUUGUUAAGGCCCUUCUUCAUGCCUGCAUUGCAUGUUCAUUGAAGCCACAUAUCGAAUGGAUUGCAGCUUCAGAUCUUGAAGACGAAAGUGAGAAAUCGACUCCGGAGGCACAUGCUGCUGCUUGGAACAUCUUGAAGAGCGCAGAAUGCAUUCUGGUUCCUGGUGGUUUUGGAGAUCGUGGCGUGAGCGGAAUGGUUUUAGCAGCCAAAUACGCUAGAGAGAACAAAAUUCCUUAUCUUGGGAUCUGCUUGGGGAUGCAAAUUGCAGUAAUUGAGUUUGCCAGAUCUGUUUUGGGUUUGGAAAGAGCAAAUAGCACCGAGUUCGAUGCUCAGACAUCUGACCCUGUUGUUAUUUUUAUGCCAGAAGGCUCAAGAACACAUAUGGGAAGCACAAUGAGACUUGGAUCCCGAAGAACACAUUUACAGAACCAAGACUCUCUCACUUCAAAGCUAUACGGCGAAGUUAGUUAUGUAGACGAAAGGCAUAGGCACCGUUACGAGGUGAAUCCAGAAGUAGCUCAAGCACUUGAAGAAGCUGGUUUAAGAUUUGUGGGUAAAGAUGAUACAGGAAAACGAGUUGAGGUGAUUGAGUUUCAAGAUCAUCCAUUCUAUGUUGGAGUUCAGUUUCAUCCAGAAUUUAAGUCAAGACCUACUAGACCUUCUCCUCUGUUUUUAGGGUUUAUAUUGGCUGCGAGGAAGCUUCUUCAGGCCCAUUUUAGCAAUUGAGUCGAAGAAGCUCGAGCUCUUUCUUCUUCAUCGUCAUUUUACAUUUUGUAUAUACAUUAAUAAAAGAAUAAAGCCGACAUUUUUUU